GCGUUUUAACUACAAGAGUAAACGAGCGCGUAGAAAUGAUUUGUUGCACGACUCUCGCUUGCGGUCGUAAUUUGUUCAUUUUCGUGCUCACACUCAUUUCAAAGACGGAACUUAAACUUUUACACAAGAUUUACUUUUAACACAGAGAUUAAAGAAGAACGUAUGAGAACUUUCUGGACAAAUCUUACAUGGCUUUACUUUGCACGUCCGAAGUGUUGACUUUAAAUCCUUUUAUCAUGGGUUUUCCAAGACAUAGUGAAUUGUCAAACUUUGAACGAGACACCUUAGAAAUACACGAGUGUUAUGGACUGAGGUUUCCUCGUGAUGAUUAUACGCGUAGAAGAUGUAAACUUAGUGUAUCUGUGGAAGAACUGACAUCAAAAAUGAAGGACGAGCCACGGAGUAUACUGAAGAAAAGUAUAAGCGCCGACGAAGCUAAGAUACAUGAACUGAAGCAGUGUCUCCUCUCUCAGAUAUCCAAUGCGCGAUCGUUUCCAGAUAUUGAUCAAAUAACAAACGAAAAUACUUCAGAACCACCGAAAAGUCCAACGAAAAACGUAACUUUCGCCGACGAUAAUAAUUUAUCCUUGGUGGAAAUUCGGAACUUUAUACCAAGUAGCGAUAGCAUAAACGAGUGGCAAAGUUUUCGUGGUAAAUAUAAAGUUGAUUUAUGCGAAACCGAAGAAUCAAAUAUGCUUGCUUAUCAUAAUAAGAAAAAUAAUCGCAAGAAACCGAACGAGUUGACUUUAUGUUUCAAAGAGCCGUCCGAAUCUACCGAUUUCUUAGAACGCUUCAAGCAUCGUUGUGUAGCGCUGGAGAAAUGCGGGACGAGAGACAGGGUAGUUACAGGAGUCAUAAUGGUUAAAAAUAUGGAAUAUCAUAAAUCGGUUUUUGUGCGUUACACGUUGGACAGUUGGCAGAGUUCGGCAGAUACCGAAGCGUGCUAUGUACCGAAUUCUAACGAUGGUGGAACCGACCGUUUUACAUUCUCGUUAUCGUUACCCAAAAGCUCUAAAGAAAUGGAAUUUGCUAUUUGUUAUAAAAUUUCAGCUAGUGAGUUUUGGGAUAACAAUUAUAAUAGAAACUAUAAAAUACAAGAUAUAUUGGCCACAUUCAAGAAUUGAAUUUUAAUGAUGACAUCAUUAAUCUCCAAAGUAACAAUGCGCCCCUGUAUUUUUGACCCUGGUCCACGGUGACGUCACAUGACAUGGCAUGACGUUAUGUCGUAGACAUGUAUAUACGUCUUAGUAAGUCUUAGAUUAACUAUUUGGUAUCUUGCAUUACUGAAGUUACAUGAAGGGUUUUCAAUGUAUUGACAUCAAUAUGUUUGAGAGUUGUGGUAACAUAUGCAAGGAUAUGAACAAAGUGAAUAAACAAAACACAGGCUUGUGCAAUUGUAAUGGUCAUGUGUGAAGUACCUUUCCAUGCAGGUGUUGAAGAAGGAUGUACAUGUUUGCCAGUGUUUAUUUUUUUACUUCUUUAGUUUCAGUGUGACCGCGGUGUUAAAAAAAUUAAAAAAUGUAUUCUAAACAGAUGUUUUUUUUCGCUCGUAGAUCUUUUUUUUUUUUAAUUUCGGACAUGUUUUUUUUAACUAGCUUUUAUACUAAUAAAUUAUACAUAAAACUAUAUAUAUUUAUAUAUAGAAAUAUAUAUAUAUAUAGGCCUUCUUCCAUGUCUUCGUGUUAACAAUGACACGAUUUUGUUUUUACUUAUAUGCUGUCACAUAUCUGUCCUUUUUAUUCUGUUAAUUUCGAAAGGUACUGUACGAAAUCUGACCAUCUGCAUGUAAAUUCUUCAGGAGAGAUAAAGCCAUCGUUUUCAAUAUCUGGUCUUUAUUUUUGUUAAUUAGAAACAUUUCCAAAUGCCGAAUUUCUCUACUACUGACGCAAGUAUUGAGGGAUAGUUAAACUUAACGAGAGAUUUGAGAAUUACAAAAUAAACGUCAUUAACAAAUUCUUUGACUUGUUUAUUAAACUUUCUUAAAACAAAUAUUGUACAUAAAUAGAUAAACAGCGAGACAAACUAGGCUUGUGAGAAUUGUAAAUAUAUUAGAAUAUUGACUGUUUUAAAAUGCCAUUGAAAAUCUUAACAACAUAUUUUAUACAUAUAGAUUUUGUGAAACAAAGAAAAAAGAAAAUUAAAAUCCA